AAAUGUUGUCCCUAAAUACCUAGUAGUUUCUAAAGAGGUAGGGAAUGACAUCUGGAAUAUAACUACCACCAUACCAUCUAUCCAACACAUAUAAAAGAUCCAAGAAGUACUCCCAUUUCACUUCUAAUUCAUGAGCCAAAACGUAACCAGAAAAUCAGUCAAAUCAUACAUACGUCGAUCAACCAAGGGUAUAAACCCAUCAAACAGUGGAAGAUCAAGAAUCAGAACAGCCUCAAUUCGACUCCAUUUUGAUAUCAAAACCAUCAACCUCGUUUUCCUUAAAAGUACAAUUGCAGGAGAUAGUAAUCACUACAUAUCUUCGUUGAAUGACAUCACAAGUCAAGUACAACGUCUCCUAAGAAGAAACCCAACAUAACUUGAAGCCACAUACCAUCACCAACCGAAAUCAUGGUUUUAGCUGCCCUUAAAAAUGUCUUUUUCUAUCAAUCCGUCACUCCCAAAUCGCCCAAACCAAACCGAGACCGAGGAGUACCAAAAAUCGAUUUCGUUACAUCUAGACAACCUCUCUUACCAAAUAGCGACACAAACCACAGCUCCGGGUCGGUCGACGGGACUCACGAUGAUGAUGAAAGUACUUUAGAUUUAGAAUCUCAAGAUUCCAGAUCAGAGAAGUCCUCAAAGAAGAGGGGAUGGAGAAUCGAUGCGAGAGUGAUUUCGGAUGCCACCAUUGGUUUAAGUGAUGGGUUGACAGUACCGUUUGCAUUGACGGCUGGAUUAUCGGCUUUUAACGAUUCGAAAAUUGUUAUAGGGGGAGGAAUGGCCGAGUUGAUUGCAGGGGCUAUUUCUAUGGGCUUGGGUGGAUAUCUUGCUGCUAAGAGUGAACUUGCAUCAUAUCAUGCUACACGAGAAAAGACCCUUGAACGAAUAGAAACCGAUCUUCAAGGCGUCUUAAACGAUCUGAUGGAAGAAUACGAACCAUACGACUUUCCCAAAGAAGUUAUCAACGGUCAAUCAACCCAUCUUGCUCAAAUGCACCCAGAGCUUCUGACAGACUACGUAAUGCAAUUCCAACAUUGUGAAGAAGAGCCCGCUACAUCCCGCGCCUUUACAUCUGCUCUUACAAUCUCGAUGGGAUAUUUUCUCGGUGGUUUGUUACCUCUACUGCCUUACCUUUUCGUAUCCACGGUUGCCGAGGGAUUAUAUAUCUCUGUCGGGGUUAUGGUGAUCACACUAUUCAUCUUUGGAUAUGUCAAGACGGGCAUGAUAACAGGUUUCCAAUCGAAAUGUAUUGGAGGCAAUUGCUGGGGUGCUGCUGAAAUGGUUCUCAUUGGGGGUGUAGCGGCGGCAGCGGCGAUGGGAUUAGUGACAUUAUUUCAACCUGGAGUGUAGAUACUAGAAGGGGUUUGUCGGUCAAAAUCAUGGAUAGGCGAAUGGGAUAUGGUUGAACGAAUUUAUGAAUUGAUGGUGGCGUUCAAUGGGUAUGGAUUGGCUAAUUUAUUAUGGGAGGAAAAAUAGGGUUGAACGGCGGCGUUCAAGGAAAAUACACUCUCGAGAAUAUCGAUCGAGUGGUUUUAUUCCUCUUGUAUCUGUUCAUAAAAUAGGAUAGCUGUUCAAUAGCAUUGGGGUUGGGCAAGGGAACAUUCAAUCAGACAAUCUUGAAAAAUCUAUA